AUGCUCACUCUCUCCGCCGACAUGGACGAGUCGUCGUCGCUGCUGGAUCUGCUGGAGUGCUCGGUGUGCCUGGAGCGCCUGGACACCACGGCCAAGGUGCUGCCGUGCCAGCACACCUUCUGCCGCCGAUGCCUGGAGAACAUCGUCAGCUCCCGGAACGAGCUCCGCUGCCCGGAGUGCCGCAUACUGGUGGACUGCGGGGUGGACGACCUGCCGGCCAACAUCCUCCUGGUCCGCCUCCUGGACGGUAUUAAGCAGCGGCCGCUGCGAGGGAGCGGAGGAGGAGGAGUGGGAGCGGGCGGCAGGCAGCCCCUAGCAGGGGGCUCGCUGCAGGGGUACGCCGCCGGGAUAUCCGCUUCUCCCCCGGGCAGCGGGAUCAGAGAGCUGCCCAUAGCCACCAGGAGCUCCCCUGUUAAGAAUCUUCCAGCUCUGCCUUGCGGUAAAGCCCUUUACUCUUACGAGGGCAAGGAGCCCGGUGACCUCCAGUUUGCCAAGGGUGACAUUAUCAUCCUGCGACGCAAGGUGGACGACAACUGGUACCACGGCGAACUCAACGGUUGCCACGGUUUCCUACCCGCAAGUUACAUCCAGUUGCUCCGCCCCCUGAGCCAGACUCCGCCCCAGGGCAAGGCAUUGUACGACUUUGAGGUCAAAGACAAAGACCAGGAUAAAGACUGCCUGGCCUUCAGCAAGGAUGAGGUGCUGACUGUGAUCAGGCGAGUGGAUGACAACUGGGCCGAAGGCAUGCUGGGAGACAAGAUUGGUAUCUUCCCCAUUCUCUACGUGGAGCUAAAUGAAACCGCCAAGCAGCUGAUGGAGAUCGACAAGCCUACGCCUGCCCCCGUGCCGGGUCCGAGCUCUGAGCCCGCCCCACUGGGCCCCUGCUCUCCUGGCCCCUCCCCGAGUGCCUCCCCGUCCAACGGGAACGACUCGGGCCACCGGCGAGGAGAGGGGAAGAAGAACGCCAAGAAGCGCCAUUCGUUUACGGCGCUGUCCGUCAGCCAGAGGGCCGCCCAGCUCAACAACAGGCACAGCAUGGAGAUCUCCCACCCCGUCCUCAUCAGCUCCUCUGACCCUAGAGCAGCUGCACGCAUCCAGGAUGCAUCUCCCCCGGGUCCCUCUCCCUCUUCGGCGGGGGUGCUGGUGCCCCCCAGGGUGGCAUCGGUGACCUCCGAGCUGCUGGCCCACGCCAAAGUCCAGCUGCCACUCAACAUAUACUUGGCUCUGUACGCCUAUAAGCCCCAGAAGGCCGACGAGCUGGAGCUGAGGAAAGGGGAGAUGUAUCGGGUGACAGAGAAGUGUCAGGACGGGUGGUUCAAAGGGACGUCGCUGAGAACUGCCGCCUCUGGGGUCUUCCCAGGCAACUACGUCACCCCCGUAUCCAGGGCUCCAUUUGCUGUGGGUGCUACUCGGGGCUCUUGUAUGUCCGGUCCGGUGGGUGGUGGAGGAGGAAGUGGGUGUAGUCAGGGUGGCAGUAAAAUCUCCACCCCCUCGUCCCCAGGGUCCCCGGGACCCUCGUCGUCCCGCCCCCCCACCCCUCUGGUCAACUCCGUUAACGCCGCUAACCUCUCCUCCACGCCACAAACCGCCGCCGCACAGCUGAAGAACUGCCUGCGCUCCGGCCAGCAAACAGUUAACCAAGCACGCACCAGCAUGCAGCUGGUCCACAGCCCCCCUGCUGGGAGCCCUGAGCGCCCCACAAUGGCCGUCUCUCCCCUGCGGCCUCAGAGUUCCUCCCCGUCGCGCUCUCCUGGCCAGUCGGGUCGCCCUCUCUCCAUGGUGUCCCCGGGCCCCAGCCUAGGCCCCUCGCCCCUCUCGUCCCCUGCCUCACGGCCCCUCCUCCCCCUGUCCUCCCCUCUUUCCUGCCUCACGCCUCCCAACACCUCGGCGGUGCUCCUCAAUGGGGAGACGGCCAAUCCCCUGCAGCCACCAUCGCCGGGCCCCUCCCAAAGCCCCGCCCAGGGAGUCCUCGCUCCCAAAGCGGAGAAGAAGGAGAGGAAAGCAGGAGGCUUGCUGAAGCUCUUGUCAGGAGCAGCAGCCAAGAAGAAGCCCCGCUCGCCCCCCUCCUCCCCGCCCACCCACGACCCCUCAUUGGCUGGCCCGGGCGCUGUGGCGACCGACCCCGCCCAUCACCCUCACCACCAUCACCACCACGCCCGCUCUGGCUCCUGUCCAAUGGCAUCGCAGGGGCGGGCUGGCUCCUGUCCAAUCGAGAGUGAGAUGGCGGGGGCGAUGGGGCUAGAGCCGCUGCACAGGAAGUCCGGUUCCCUGGAUACCAACUUCCCCUUGUCGCCCCCGGCAACACGCCCCGGCAACGCUCUGAUGGCGCUGCGGCCCGAACCCAAACCCCUGUCCAGAGAGAGGUAUCGUGUGGUGGUGCCCUACCCUCCUCAGAGCGAGGCGGAGAUCGAGCUAAGGGAGGGCGAUGUGGUGUUCGUCCACAAGAAGAGGGAGGACGGCUGGUACAAAGGCACCCUGCAGAGGACAGGACGGACCGGCCUCUUCCCCGGCAGCUUCGUCGAAAGCUUCUGA